CUUCUGUUUUCUUUAUUACCUUCCUUUCAUUUUCAGCAGGUGACAGGAGGGUGGCUUGCUGCAGGCUGGCUGCCAUGCCUUAAUCAGGAUGAUAUCGCAGAGGGAAAGAGGCGAACUGGCUCGAUUUUAUACCGUUACAGACCCGAAAAAGCACCAAAAGGGAUACACCGUUUAUAAAGUCACUGCAAGGAUCAUUUCAAGGAAGAAUCCUGAAGACGUACAGGAGAUCACGGUGUGGAAGCGCUACAGCGACUUCAAGAAGCUGCACAAAGAUCUGUGGCAGAUCCACAAAAACCUCUACAGACAGUCGGAGCUCUUCCCUCCGUUCGCUAAGUCCAAAGUCUUCGGCAGGUUUGAUGAGUCUGUGAUUGAGGAGAGGAGGCAGUGUUCAGAGGAUCUGUUACAGUUCAGCGCUAAUAUUCCUGCUCUUUAUGCUAGCCAGUAUAUACAGGACUUCUUUAAGGACGGAGAAGUUCAGGACGGUUCCGAGCUCAUCGGGCCAGCAGAACCAUUUUCCGACUUCUUAGCCGACAGCCAAUCAGACAGCAGCUCUGAAGUUCAUAAGAGUGGUGGUGUGGAUGACUCGACUCUAACCAGCCAGUCAGAGUAUGGAGGUCCAUCCAGUGAGAGUGAUCUGAUUUCUCUGCUGUUGGAUGGAGACUCCCUGCCCGACUUGGACGAUGGAAUGGGCUCGGAUUGCAGUUCCCCAAACCAGCGGGCAGGAGGCAGCGGAUGUUCGACAGCCAUAAGCCGGACAGAGGUAGACCCAAGGCGGGCCAUCAGGGCGGCACUUUUCUCCUCCAGCCAACAGAAAAAGGAUUACCUGGAGAAAGCUAGCGAGCAGAUCAGCCUUGCUGUGCAGAAAGAAGUGGAGCAGGACUAUGCUUCUGCCUUCUUUUACUACCGUAGCGGAGUGGAUUUACUAUUGCAGGGAGUCCAAGGUGAAGUGAGUCCGCGGAAGAGGGAAGCGGUGAAAAAGAAGACAGCCGAGUAUCUGAUGCGUGCUGAGCUUAUCGCUAACACAUAUUUGAAAGACAGCAUGGGACAGAACUCCACUCAGAGCAGGACACUGGCUGCUCAGUGCUGUAAGGGGUCUUGGGGUCAGCAGAGUCAGUCUGAUGAAUUGCACAACUACAGAGUGCUGGGGGUCAUUGAUAAGGUGCUGCUGGUGAUGGAUAAGAGGACACAGGAGAUGUUCGUUCUCAAGGGAUUGCGGAAGAGCAGCGAAUGUGGACACGUGAAGAAGACCAUCGUCCCUCGCACGGUGCCCAACAUGGUACGACUCAGGAAGUACAUCGUCUCCGAGGACUCCAUAUUCCUGUUGCUGCAGUAUGCCGAGGGAGGUAAGCUAUGGUCCCACAUCACCAAGUACCUACAUGAAGAUAGUCAAGACGACAGCUUUGACAUCCCCUUUAUCCAGAAGUCCCACACAACUACAGUUCACUGCACCGAUGCCCUGAUCAGCUCAGAGAGCAGCAGCUCACGGCCCAGCGUGGAGCUCCAGGAAGACCAGGAUGAAGAUGAGUCCCAGCCAAUUCUGACAGUCCACAGCAAGAGCAGCUCACAAGUUCCUUUGUCCGGGUCACUUGAGGAAGAAGAGUGCACCAGCAGCUACCUGACGCUGUGCCAUGAGUACGAGCAGGAUAAAGUAGAGCCUGAGGCUCUGGGUGAGGAAGAAGAAGAUACAAAAAUGGCAGAGGAAGAUUCUGGCAAUGUCAGUGUUGGUGGUUCUGGUGCAGAGGCGCUACCAAGGCCUUAUCACGGUUCGGGAAUCAGCAGCGAUAGUUUGUGUUCUCCGGUUGGUGGGCAUGAGCUGAGCUUCUUCACCGAGGAAGAUGUGGAGCUUGUCGACACACCAACAAUUAAUUCUCUGGAGCAGUUCAAACGUUCACCCAUGGAAUUGUUUCGGAUCGAUAGCAAGGACAGUGGUGACGCUUCCCGAGUGCUGUUCUCCACGUCAGACCUGGGCUCAGAGGUAACGGAGAUCACUGAGGAUCCUUUGGAGAUUGGUGAAGUAGUGGAGGUUAAAGGUCACCUGUCCGAUCUGUGGCGGUUCGAUAGCGAUCAGGGUUCUAACGAAUCCGUGCCCGUGAUUUCUUUCAAAGAGGCCAUGGUAGACGAUACAAACAUGUCUUGUAUUGAUGAGGGACAACCUCCUGACCUUUUAGUCAACCUUCCCGGAGUCACGGGGGUCACAGGUGACGAUCUGGAGCAGGAACUCGCAGCAGCGGGUGUGGCUUUUGCCGUAGAAGCUAAGCCCUCGCCUCAAUUUGGCAAACCGGACGUACUCCAGCUUGGAGAGGAAGCAGGCCUGGAUCUAUCUGUUGACGAACAUGCUCCUGGUAUCUCAGUUUUACGUAGCCAUUCAAACCCGGAUGCGUCUGAACAGAAAGGCCACGUCUCUACUGUGAACAGUAACACAAAAUCUAAAUCGCUUUCCCUUCCCUUUGAUUCUCUGACUCUCAGAACUGAAAUGGACCUCAACUACCCACCACCCUCUGCUGGGUCAGGGGUAACAGAGAAGAGGGAGGGCAGGAGUGUGUCUGAGAUAUUCCGAGAACUGGAUGAGUUGGCGGAGGUGGCUCUGCACACACACCUCCCCGAAGUGCUGGUGAGGAGCUGGGCGGUGGAUAUGCUGCUCGCCCUCGACGCGCUGCAUCAAGAGGGAAUCAUCUGCAGAGACCUUAACCCCAACAACAUACUGCUGGAUUACCGAGGUCAUGUAGAGUUGACUUACUUCUGUAGCUGGACCGAAGUGGAGGAAUCCUGCGAUCCUGCUGCCGUCACCAAGAUGUACUGUGCCCCAGAAGUGGGCGGGAUAUCGGAGGAGACAGCAGCGUGUGAUUGGUGGAGUUUGGGAGCGCUUCUUUUUGAGCUUCUGACAGGAAAGUCUCUUCAGCAGUGCCACCCCGCUGGUAUCAGCAGACACACAUCGCUGAACAUUCCAGACUUCGUGACAGAAGAGGCCAGGUCUCUGCUGGAGCAGUUGCUGCAGUAUAACCCUGUAGAGCGACUGGGUGCAGGUGCAGGAGGAGUGGAGGAUAUCAAGUCACAUCCCUUCUUUGCUCAUGUGAACUGGCCUAACUGAACUGUAUGACUGACUGAUUGACCUGAGAGCUGAAUUUGCUGCAGAAUACUCUGUGUGUGUGUGUGUGUGUGUGUGUGUGUGUGUGUGUGUGUGUGUGUGUGUGUGUGUGUGUGUGUGUGUGUGUGUGUGUUAGCAUGAGAGAAAGAAGAUGAACCUCUUCAACUCUAAAGACUCCCUGAAGACUCCAUCUUCACUCUGCCUGUUACUGAACACACCAAUAUCCAGGAUUACAAAAAAAAAAAAACACUUUCCCAUCAUGCACUACGGGUCCCUGCACCACUAACCUUCAUGAUACGUUUACUUCUACAUUAUAGCAGUACAGCACAACAAUAACAACAAAAACAAUUUAAAUAUCUGUCUUGUGCUAUAAGGUAAUAGAGGAAAUAGAAAUCGACACUGGAGCUAUACGGCUAAUGUCCCUCACAACUAAUGGAAGCUACAGGAUGAGCAUCGGCUAAAGAAAACUGGCUAAAUCAUCACCUGACAUUUAGAAGUAAAAAAAAAAAAAAACAUGUAUCUUAGCCAAGAAAUCUUAAAUCUAAUCUAAAUGUAGGAUUUUUUUUAUUGUUAUUAUAAGAUUACGAGAAAUACCAAAUAUAGUAUUAGUAAAUUUGUCAUCUUUAUUGACGGAUAAUUUUGGUUAUUUUUGGAAAUGAAUGCUAAAAAUUAGAAAAGGAUUCUGCUGAGAGAAGCUUAGUUUUAGAUUUGUUUUCUUGUCAUCUUUAAAUAGAAAAUACUACAUCACUUUACUCCAUUCAAGAUAUUUUAUCCUGCGAAGAUAUCAUCUUUUGCAGGGAAAAUGCCCAAAAAUGUGAACAUGUUGCGUUAGGAAACUUUAAGCCACGCCCCUAUUCGAGUACCGUUGUUUUUUCUACAACGUUACAACAUUGUAUGAGAAACUUUGCAUAAAUUUCUGACACAUGAUGGAACUUUAACCAUUCUAACAUUUCUCACCGGUUUGUUUUUUUCCCAGCUAGUUCAGAACCUAGCGAGUUAGCAAGGAAGCACGUUAGGUUGUCAAAAGGAAAUGCGAAUGUGUGUAAACUGACGAGGAAUUUAUAGUUUUUAGUAAACGAAAAAGAUCUGUUUGUGUUUUUUUUUUAACACAAAUUAGUGUUUAAGUGAUAUAAGUAAGGAAUAAAUCAACAGGACAAAGUGUUUUAAACUAAACAACACGUGUCUUGCUGUAUCACUUCCUUUACUUGCCAUAGCUACAUUAACUGCAUCGUCUGAGCAUCAAAACAAAAAAGUCUGAGUUUUAUUAUUUUUUAAUCCUGUAUUUAUUUUGACAUUUGCUUCAGGAAACAUCUUGUGCAAUAUUACAUUAAAUAUCACUUAAUUAGUUAACCGAUUUGAGUUAUUCUAUUUAUUAUGAAUAUUGUUAUUAUAAUUAUUAUUAAACGUGCAUACUUAUUUUGCACUUGAACUCGGGCAAAUUGUGAUCUAAUUUCCUUGUAAUUAUGGGAACUAGAUGAUGAAUAUUGAAGACCAGUUAACAUGCUCACACGACCCUUAUUAGCUUCCACUUUGCACUUGGAGUAGAAAAGAGGGAUCAAGGGGUCCAAAAUUUGAAUAAAACCCUUGCAGAAAAAAAAAGGUCUAAGCAUUCGGUUCCAAAGAUCAACCAACCCCCCACAAAAAAGAAAAAAAAAAGAGAAUGAGACGAGAAACGAGAUAGGAGCAGAAAUCUGAACACAUUUUAAUUUAAAAGUGUUAAUGUCUGAGUCAUGCGUUCAAUCCACCACGAAUACACAAAUGUAUUCAGUAAUUUGUAAUAAUUAUUGAGCAGAUUGUGACUUUUUUUUUGUUUGUUUGUUUUUUGCAGAUACAGAAUAUUAAAAAAAAUUAUGUGAAAUACAAAAAAUAAAUGGAAAAAAAAAUAGAAAAAAAAAUAAUAAAUCAAAUUUGUGGAAAAAAAAUACAUUUCAGUUUACUAAUAAUGUACUAAUACUAAUGCAGAAAACAAUAAGUAUGCAGAAAAUCUCCGACAUUUUCGGAUCUACAUCAUUUCUAUAUGUCUAAUGUCAUUAUUUACAUGUCAGAGGGUGAACUUAUUUUUCUGAAUGAACUGACUCAGACUUUGGGACCCUGAGGAUCAGUGCAUGUGGUUUUGUUUACAUGAGCUCCAGAUGUUGCGUAAUAAUAUAAGAGAAAAUAAAAAUUUGGAAUACUGUAAAACAAAAAUAAACUAAUUCUUGUUUAAAAGGCAUUAAUUACUUAACAUUGAACAAAUCGGCUUCCGGUCUGUGAAUUCUGCGUCAUCUUUACAGAGGCUACGCAGCCGAGGCGUUAGCUAGAAUUUUUUUCUAACUACAUUCUGUAUAUUCUCAAACCUUAUUUAUGAAUAAUUUAUAAUUAGCGCUAACAUGUGUGAGGUGAUGUCCAAACAGAGACGGCGCACACGGUGUGAUGGUGUGAAUAAAAAUAACAACGUCCAUUUGCCAGAAAACAUUUUCACAUUUGAAGGCACUGAGCAUGACUGUGGCUGGAUAAAUUGGACUAAUUUCUAAUUUUUUCUUCUUUUUUUUUAGCAGUUAAAAAUAUGUGCAUUUACGUUAUCAGUUAAUAUGAUAAGUGUAAAGCCUUUUUUUUUUAAUCUUUCUAAAAUGCAUUUUUUUAAUCAAAUGUUUAAAAUGUGUUCAUGAAUAAUAAAACACUUGAAAAAUUUCAA